AUGUCUGUUUAUACGAUGACAUCCGAGGAAAAACGUCCUUCUCCUAGUGAAGAAUUAAAAGAUAUUCCCUAUUCUAGAGUAUCUGAAACCAUAAUAAAAGCGACGGAAGGACGAGAAGGGUUCAUCGACGAAACAUCUCUCUCACCUACUUCAUCUAAAAGUUUAAAUUGCACGGAAUUUAAUGAUUCACCUCUAUUAUCGAAGAGUAAAAACUCAGAAAAGAAUUUAAAUAAAAACAGCGCUAGAAAUCUCAAUGAAAAAUACGCGACGAUGCAGCAAAAAAUGACGCAGAUGGCUCGUGAGAUUUCUUAUCCAAAGACCAGGUCUACGCGAAAUUCAAAAAUCACAUCGCGUAGUAAUAUCGGUACAAUUCGGCAAGAUGACCAAUUAGAGAUUGCAAAUCCAUUUCUCGUUGAUCAAUCUAAUAUGAAUAGUACGGUCGGCAAUUUAAUGAAUAGAUGGUCAGAUGUGAAACUGGAAAGAAAGAACUUGUCAAGGGAUUCAGAGCAAGAUUUACCAUCGGAUGAAAUUGGAAGCACUAAUAUACUUAUGCGUCCACAGGCAACAUUGGAUGAGUGGAAGGAUGACAGUUUGAAUUAUAAAUCGACAGAACCGUUUACUUCCAAUAUGGCUCAAAUUAGCUUAUCUUCAUUGAAAUCUACGACUCCAAAUUAUUGUAGUGGACAGGACAGUUCUUCUAAUUUGCAGAGUAUACCCGUAAAAAGAACUAGAUGGGCUAAAUCUGCUCCAAGACUCAAUCCGAGUACAUGUAAUGAAUCAGUAUUUAGCACUCCGGUUCAUUCACCAAGUUCUUUGCCGUGUACAAUGAGAAAGCGUGCACGACGUAUUGUACAAAAUUGGCCGCUUCUUUCACAGAAAGAUAAUGAGGACGAAUUUGAUGCUCUUCUGGAACAUCUCUCAUCCCCAUCCCCAUCUCCAUCUCGAAUUCUUAAUAAAGAUCUUUUGAAGGAUGAUGGAAUUUUUAAUAAUUCAUUUGAUGACGAUGGAUUUUGCCAAACUUCACCAAAAACUUCUUCUGAUACGAACAUUUAUACAUGGCAACUGUCACAACAACAUUUGGGUUUCGAUGAUGCGGCAAGAAAUCCUAUCUUUACUGAAACUGCUUUGAAUGAAUUAGAUGAUUAUUAA